UUCUGGACGCUUAGUUUCUAAUGAUGCGCUUCCGUUAUUGUCUUUUUACCCAUUAAUCUGAGUUGAAGAUGGAAAACAUAACUUUUGGAUUCACUUCUGAGUUAACCUUGGACCCAUUUUUUAUCCCACCUGGAGGAAAGUAUCCCAUAUUUUUUCUCGGUAUUGCCAUUUAUUUGUUUGGGGUUUCCUGCAACAUGACCUUGCUGACUUUGAUCAUUCUGAAGAAGAAACUCCACAAGCCCAUGUAUUUCAUCCUGUUGAGCCUCCCCCUCAAUGACUUGAUAGGAAUAACUGCAAUGCUGCCAAAAGUGCUCUCAGAUAUUGUCACGGAGACGCACAAGGUUUACUACCCCCUCUGUGUUUUACAGGCAUUCCUGCUGCAUAUGUAUGGUGGUGGGGUUUUGUUCAUUCUUGCAGCCAUGUCCUUUGAUCGUUACGUUGCCAUCUGCAUGCCGCUACGCUACAGCUCAGUCAUGACCCAGAGAGCUGUCAUUUGCAUUAUCUCUCUAGUUUGGGGGUUUGACUUUCUCCUGAUUUUUUCGCUGUUCUCUCUGCAGACGCGGCUUCCCAGGUGCAAAUCUGUCAUUAUGAAUGUGUUCUGUGAUAACCCGUCUCUCCUGAAGCUCACGUGCGGAAACACGGCAGUCAACAACAUCAUAGGGCUGUUUAACACGGCCGUCAUCCAGGUUGUGAGCGUCUCUAUCCAGGCGUACUCCUACGUCAAGAUUCUGAUCACGUGCGUGGUCACGAGGAAAUUUGAAACCAAGAUGAAAGCCGUGAACACGUGUGUCGCACAGCUGGUGCUGCUGAUCAUAUUUGAGGUGGUGGCAACCUUCACAAUUUUAUCUCACAGGUUUAAAAACGUUUCAGCUGACUUGCAAAAGAUAAUGGGCAUGCUAAUCUUUCUCAUUCCUCCAAUUCUGAAUCCAAUCGUGUACGGUCUGUACACGAGUGAAAUACGAAACACCCUCCUGGCAGCCUUAAAAAACAGAGUCUCCUUUUAACUUCUUCACAUGAAAGAUUAAACGCAUUGAUUUUCGACUUUCUUAAAAUGGCCACUGCCAUCAUAACACUGUAUUAUAUCAGAAGGAUAUGUUGAAGAAACGUGGACAAUAAUUAUAACAUGAAUGUGAAGUAAAAAUGUGUCUAGUCACACUUUUUUCUUGAGUGAAACUCUAAAAAAAAGGUUUGUUAAAACAGUUUUGACUUCACAUAAAGUUGCACACAGCUUGUAACUUUAAAGUGUUUGUAAAAGUGGGGAAAACAGGUCUCAUUGACAAAUGUUAGUCAUAGUUUGGUUUUAGUAUUGUCUGUGCUGUUAAUUUUAAGGAAGCCUGUUUCUUUUUCAGAUUUGUUUCUUUCAUCUUCACAUCUGAUUGUGCAUUUAAAUAUUGUCUCCCAAUUUGCAUCUUAACUGUGCAAAUGUUCACAUUUUCAUUUACCAAUGAUGUACUUUGUGUUCCAUUAUUUUAUUUAUUUAUUUAUUUCAAACAAAGAAAAAAUAAGAUGACAAGUCUGAUGUGUGAGGUGUGUAAUAAAAUCCAGCUAUUCUGAAA